AUGGUCAGAACAACCAUUGCGUGUUCAAGGUGCAGACAGCAGCCGAUACCGCAUGCCUCACGGUCUCGGCAACAGCGACACUCUAUUGAUGUAAUAUCACCAGAUGAUGGAUCCAGGACAGAUGAAUACAACGAUCAACUGCAUACCCGCCUUGCUGUUAGUGAUUGCAUCCUCGACCCUGCCCUCGUUCUACGGGCCGGCACUAUCUUUAAGGACAAAUUCCCCGAGGUUCCCUUUCUGCAUAUGUCGACUUUCAGGAAGCUAGUUAAAUCAGUGGGUAGGCAUGGGGGAAACUCCGGACCUUCGCCUGCUCCAAGCUCUGCUGGAUUUGGCCGAGCAGCUGGUCUUUGUGCCGCCUUGCUAGCAAUCACGCUACCUUUCACUGAUCCACAAGCAUCACGAAUUCAGUACGUCAACAUAGCAAAGGAAACGAUUUCGUUGGAUGAGUCCAUGGAUAUAUACACGGUGCAGACACUGAUUAUACUAGCAAUACAUGAAUGGGGCAAUGGAAAACCACGCCAGGCAUGGAUAUACAGCGGCAUGGCAAUUAGAAGCAUGCAGCUUAUAAGCCCCAUGGCGGAUUCGGACAAGUGCACAGAGCUGCAACAAGAGAUCUACAAUCGGACUUUCUGGAGUUGUUUUGUUCUGGAUAGGCUGAUAUUUUGUGGUAAACCUCAGCCACCAGCACUCCCACUCGCAUCGGUAGACACUCAUUGGCCGUCGAGAGAGACGGAUUAUGCAUUUGGGCUAUCUGGCGUCAAGUGGUAUCCCAAUAAGACAGUCGGAAUCCAGUCUACCUCUGUGGUCGAAUACGUUGAUGGCUAUUUUUCCUUGCUCGUACAAGGCGUUGAUAUCUGGGCUGAGAUCCUGAGAUGGAUAGUUAGUGGUGGAAGACGGCAUCCAGAUGUUGUCACGGCGAGAGAGACACCUUGGUCGGAAAGAUCACACUGGUGGAGAAUGUAUCAGAGACUUGAUAGCUGGAGACAACGGCACGGAAGUCGGAUUCGUUUUCCUGACGUAGGUGUCGACGGACACGUUUCACUCCGGGGAGGAGACGGCGAGGCAUUUGUAUACAUCAAUCUCAUCUACCAUGUGAGCAUAUUAUUUUUAUGCCGCGAGUACAUCCCUUUCCUGCCAACUCCGGCAUCCCGGCCUUCCGGACCAGUCGAUCCUCCACUUUUGGAUGAACCGGCUCCCAUAGGAUGGUGGGAAAAUCGUGCCAGUGAGCUAUUUUUUGCAUCAUCUAACAUUACUUCACUUCUUCAUCAACUCAAAGAAGAAGGGACACCUCUGAUUACCCCAUUUGCUGGUUUUUGCGCCUUUUCAGCGGCGACAAUGAACAUAUAUGUCGCAUGUUUUCCCCAAAUGAACCUCGGACGAAGCCAGGGACGAGAAGCUGACGCGGGGCGUGAUUUGGCUUAUCUUGAUGAAUUCCAGGAGCGCUGGCCUAUGGGGGCCGGAUGGUGGGCCACUAUUCAACGAACUAAGGAUCUAAUCCAACGAGCGAGUGUAGAUUGGUCAGGCUUUGAGGGCAAAACGCGUGCUGACUUUGUGAAUCUUGAAACAUCUAUCCACGACUGUACGGGGUUGUCCCCCAAGAAUGAUGAGCAUUGUCCAGAGAACGACAGGGCUCCUACCGAGUCUGUGAAUGAUCAGGUUACGCUGAGGUUACAGGAACCAUCGCAGUCUAACAUAGCUAGUAGCCAGUCUUUGUCAAAUCCACAAGCAAUGCCUGAUUGGCACGAACUGUGGUCUCUUUGGGGUGAUCAUAAUUUGGCACCAUUUGGGGUCGAAGGCAGUUCGUAUGAGUACUCUCUUGCAUUCCAAGACGGCAACAUGUCAUUGAAUUAA